UCUGCCAUGCCUUUUCGUUUCCCAGUAAACAAGACAUUAUUCAAGUAGCAGAUUUUGGACUGGGCCACCUGGGCUGAGUAAAGUCCACUGUGAACGGGAGCAGUUUAGCCUGGAGCUCCGUCCCUCGUUGCUCCUGAAUGAGCUGUCCUCCAGCUGGAUGGCCGUGUGUUUGCUCCGUGCUGCUGGGACAGAGUAUUUUCAUUCCCUCUGUAGAGCUGGCCUGACGGUGGCGUUCUCAGACAUGGAGGACAAGGAUGAUGAGGAGAGCUGCAGUAUAUACCCGAGCCUGGUUCCUCUUGGUAGUGAGAUCAAGGCCAGGAUGCAGCAGUUUGUGGAGGAGAGGACACAAACCACCAUGUGGGCUGGUCUGCUGCUCGGAGCAGUGGGAGUGGUUUCUCUCAUUGGCAUCAUCGUGUUUCAUCUUUACAGAAGACACAAGCUGUCUCAGGAGGAGGCCGGCGUUCCUCACUAUCGCUUCAGGAAGAGAGACAAGGUGAUGUUCUACGGCAGGAAGAUCAUGAGAAAGGUGCAGACUCUCUCCUCAGCCUCCACUUCCAACACAAACUCUUCCUCCCGACCGCGAGCCAGGAAGAGAGCCAAGGUCCUGACUAUAGCACGCAAGAUCCUGCGUAUCCGGAGGGAGCCCACAGCCCUGCAGCCCAAGGAGCCACCUCCCUGCCUGCUGGAGGCAGACCUGACCGAGUUUGACGUGCAGAACUCCCACCUGCCGUCUGAGGUGCUGUACAUGCUGAAGAACGUCAGGGUGCUUGGCCACUUUGAGAAGCCUUUGUUCCUGGAGUUGUGUCGUCACAUGGUGCUGAUGCAGCUCCACCAAGGGGAGGGGCUUUUCCGCCCAGGGGACAUCGACGACAGCAUCUACGUGGUUCAAGAUGGCCGCCUGGAGCUGUGCAUCCAUGAGAGUGACGGUACAGACGCUGUGUUGAAGGAGGUGUUACCGGGUGACAGUGUCCACAGUUUGCUCAGUAUCCUGGAUAUUAUCACUGGCUAUCCAGCACCUUACAAGACGGUGUCUGCCAGGGCUGCAGUUCCCUCCGCUGUCCUGCGUCUUCCCGCUGCAGCCUUCCAGUCCGUCUUCGAGAAAUAUCCUGAAACUCUGGUCCGCGUCAUCCAGAUAAUCAUGGUGCGUCUGCAGAGAGUGACCUUCCUGGCCUUACACAACUACCUGGGCCUGACCACUGAGCUCUUCAACCCGGAGAGCCAGGCCAUCCCCUUGGUGUCAGUGGCCCAUGUCCUCAGUGAAGCCCAUCCACACAGAACCCUCCGCAGGCAGCCUUCCCACCCUGACGAUCUGGGCUCAGAGAAAACUGACCCAGAGAGUGGAAAGUCCAGCCUCUCAGAAACUGCCAUGAUGAAAUGCAGGAAGUCUCGCUCCCUCUCCACCCCACUGGCUGUUACAGGUGAAAUGUCAGCUGACCUCAACAGGGUUUACGAACGAGCCAGAGUUUCGAAAGAUGUGCUGCCUCCAAGUCCUGUUGUCCACAAGUCUAUUCUGAAGAAGAGUGUGACGAUGCUGCACACGCCGUCUGCAGUUUACCACUACAGUGAUGCUGGAGGAGGAGCACAUGUCCACCAUAACAAAGUGAAUGCUAUUUUUCAAGCUGCCAAAAAAGACCUGCUGCAGGUCAUCCAGCUCCAGGACCCCAGUCUGCUGGAGGGGAGGGUGACUCUUCGCCAGGUCAAAGCAGGCUCUGUUGUGGCCAACCAAGGAGACCAGGAUGUGAGCGUGGCAUUCGUUGUCUCCGGGUUCCUCCACGUUUAUCAGCGCAUGAUCGACCGUGAGGAGGACAGCCUGCUGUUCGUGGCCCACCCAGGGGAGAUGGUGGGUCACCUGGCCGUUCUCACUGGGGAGCCCCUCAUCUUCGGCGUCCGAGCUCAGCGAGACUGCACCUUCCUCUCCAUCUCCAAGGCCCACUUCUAUGAGAUUAUGCGGGAAGACCCCAGGGUGGUGCUGAAUGUAGCUCACACUGUGGUGAGAAGGGUGUCACCCUUCGUCAGACAGAUCGACUUUGCCCUCGACUGGAUUGCUGUGGAGGCUGGCCGUGCCAUAUACAGACAGGGAGACAAGUCAGACAGCACCUUCAUUGUGCUCAGUGGCCGACUGCGCUCUGUCAUUGCAAAGGAUGAUGGGAAGAAGGAACUGGCAGGGGAAUAUGGCCGUGGGGAUCUGAUCGGUGUGGUGGAGGCCCUGACCCAUCUGAACCGGGCCACCACGGUCCACGCUGUCCGGGACUCUGAGCUGGCCAAGCUGCCUGAGGGAGCUCUGAACUCCAUCAAGAGGAGGUUUCCUCAGGUCGUCACCAGGCUCAUCCACCUGCUGGGACAGAAGAUCCUGGGCAACAUGCAGCAGGUCGACGCCCCGCUAGCCGGUCGGGGUCUUGGCCUCCAGACCCAUACCAGUAAGUGGGAUUCUGGGAACCCUGCCUCCAACCUGUCCACUGUCACCAUCCUACCUGUCUCUGAGGAGGUUCCCCUCACAGCCUUCACUCUGGAGCUGCAGCAUGCACUCAACAGCAUUGGCCCCACUUUACUGCUGACUAGUGACAUCAUCAAGCAGCGACUGGGCUCUACUGCACUGGACAGUGUCCAUGAGUAUCGUUUGUCCAGCUGGCUGGGCCAGCAGGAGGACAUCCAUCGCAUCGUCCUCUACCAGUCUGACUCCAGCCUCACGCCUUGGACCCAGCGCUGCAUCCGGCAGGCUGAUUGCAUCAUCAUCGUAGGACUGGGUGAGCAGGAACCCACUGUGGGUGAGCUAGAGCGAAUGUUGGAGAGCAGUGCCGUUCGGGCCCAGAAGCAGCUGGUGCUGCUGCACAGGGAGGACGGGCUGCCACCCAGAGGGACGGCUGAAUGGCUCAAUAUGCGAAGCUGGAUCUCCAGACACCAUCACCUCUCCUGCCCCCGCAGGGUCUUCUCCAAGAGGAGCUUACCCAAACUGAGAGAGAUGUACCAACGUGUGUUUGAGAAGCCAGCAGAUCGGCAUUCUGACUUCUCCCGUCUGGCCCGGGUCCUCACAGGCAACAGUAUCGCCCUUGUGCUGGGUGGAGGAGGUGCCAGGGGCUGCUCUCAGGUGGGCAUCCUGCGAGCGCUGAACGAGGCAGGGAUCCCUGUCGACAUGGUGGGGGGCACCUCCAUCGGCUCCUUAAUGGGAGCGCUGUACGCCGAGGAGAAGAACAACAGUCGGAUGAGGAUCAGGGCUCGCGAGUGGGCCAUGGAUAUGACCUCUAUCUUCAAGAAGCUCCUGGAUCUGACCUACCCAGCCACUUCUAUGUUUUCUGGAGCCUCCUUCAACUCCAGCAUCAGCUCUGUCUUCAAAGGCAAACAGAUCGAGGACCUGUGGAUACCAUACUUCAACAUAACAACAGAUAUCACAGCUUCCUCCAUGAGAAUUCACACUUACGGUUCAUUGUGGCGGUAUGUCCGGGCCAGUAUGUCCCUUUCUGGUUACCUACCACCCCUCUGUGACCCCAAAGACGGACAUUUACUGAUGGAUGGAGGUUAUAUCAACAACUUACCUGCUGAUGUGGCUCGCUCUAUGGGGGCCAAGGUUGUGAUCGCCAUUGAUGUUGGCAGCCAGGAUGAAACCAACCUGACCAAUUAUGGUGAUUCCCUGAACGGUUGGUGGCUGCUAUGGAAACGCUGCAACCCGCUGGCUGAGAAAGUCAAGGUCCUGAACAUGGCUGAGAUCCAAACCCGGCUGGCCUACGUCUGCUGUGUCCGGCAGCUGGAGCUGGUCAAAAACAGCGAAUACUGCGAGUAUAUCCGACCACCUAUUGACCGCUACGGCACAUUGGAGUUUGGCAAGUUUGAUGAGAUCGCUGAUGUGGGAUACCACCACGGAAAGACGCUGUUCGAUGUGUGGCAGCGCAGUGGGGUGGUGGACAGCAUGCUCAGGGACAGACAUCAGGAGGAGUUCCACAAGACCAAAACUGGCCAUGUGGUCACUUGUCCCAAUGCCUCCUUCACUGACCUGGCAGAGAUUGUGUCAAGAAUUGAGCCAGUCAAGAAUACCUUGAUGGAUGAGGAACUGUCUGAUGAAUACCAGACAGAUUAUGACGAGGAAGCGGUGGAAAGUGCCCUGUCCGACUUUGAGAUGUCCAACCCCAACAGUGAAUACACGGAGGGAGAGGAGACAGCCGAAACGGAUGAGGAAAUUCAGCUCCGUGUUCGAUGCAAGCCACAGAUUGCGUCAUAGAGUUCUCAUCCGUGACAUCAAUCAAAGCCAUGGCUCUCCGUCCGGGCUAUUGACUGGGAUCCACACCGCCUGCUGGGACA